AUGAACGAGCGGCACUUCAUUAACAACAUCCUCAUCAAAUAUUUCGUCGCGAAGAGGCACUCGAAAUGCAUAUACAGGAGAAGAGACGAUCCAGAUGGGGGGUUACUACGUCUCUACAGAUGUGCCAAGUGGUAUAAGGAGUUAAAAACUGUGGGGAGUCACUCUCGGUCGAACGAUCGUUUGUAUAUUGCCUACACGAGUGACAAAGAGGUGAAGGUGUCCCAUGUGAAGCAGAGGAUAAUUAAACAGAAGGUAAUGAAGAACUUCCAAAUGGUUUUCUAUAGCUGCUUCUGCUUGCUGGUGGUACUCUCAUGCAUUGCAUGUCUCCUCCUAUACAAUAACCACAACCAUGUGGAGUGUGUCCUCCCCUAUGGAGACUGCCCGGUCAUCCAACACAGGGAGGUUGAGACCUUUCUGGUGAAUGUGAAGGUGCAUGAAAUGGCCAAGGAGCGCAUCCUGGAGGUGUGUUCUGCAAUGAAGGGGGUGCAGAGGGAGGUGCGUACCAAACCGGAAGGGGAGAGGAACGACUCCCUCGGAGGACGUGCGGGACGUGCGGGACUACAGAUGAUGAAGAUGAUGAAGGCGAAGAAGAGGAGGUACUCCCUGCUAAACACAGACAGGGUGAAGUGCAGAGAAUGCCAAGUCGUUUUUCAACUCGAGGGGAAGGAGACGCUUCAGGACAUCUUCCUCUUCGAGGAGGUUAACAAAUGCCAGAAGAGCAUUGGGAGGGAGCACUGCGUUCAUGUGAGGGAGGGCGCCGUGCGGAACCGGCGCAUCCACCUGUACAAGCGGUACCGUGGGCCGAUAAGGAGCUCGGAUGAGCGGCAGAAGGGGGCCGCCCGGGAGAAGGGGACCUCGCGGGAGAAGGGGGCCGCCCGGGAGAAGGGGACCUCGCGGGAGAAGGGGGCGGCGCGGGAGAAGGUCGUCCUCGACGACAAAGUAAAAUUCCUGCACCCCUCCCUGAAGGACUACGUCCUGAACUUGGACUACUUCACGCUGCGGAGCGAAUCGGGGCAAAGAAUCCCCGUGAAUGAAGAACCGCUCAGGGGGGGCACAACCCCCAGGGAGGAGAGCCGGCACAUCUGUCGCCCCGACUACAGAGAGGCCUUUGGGGAGGAGACCUUUUACUGGCUGUGCCCCCAGUUUUACGAGGGGGAGGAGGAGAGGGGGUCCCGCGAGCACAACAUUGCCGCGUCCAUCAUGCAGAUGGUGAACAUGCAGGGGGCGGGGGAAGCAGACGCCAACAAGCACCUCCUGGAAAUGAGCAAGUCAAGUGCAACGACGCGUCGGUACGACCACUUCGGGUUUGUAGAAGGCAAGCUGGAGCUCCCCUUUAGGGUGGACAUUUACAGCCGCUUCCAACCGCAGGAUGGGGAGACUGAGCAGGUGGACGUGCUGGAGAAGAUCUACAGGGCCUUCUUCUGCAGCCAUGCGAAGGAGCACCACCACACGAAGGAACACCCACAUGCGUAUGCCCACUCGGCCGCUUCACACCAGGACGACAUGCCCCGAAUGGCGUUCUUCUUCCCCGGUCAGGAGGGCGAGAGGAAGGAGGAAGCCCCGGGAACGCUACAGGGGGUGGAUAGAAGAGACACGAAUAACAAUCUAGGGAAGGACAAUACGUCGGUUCACAGGGAGGGUACCUCCAUAAGUGAUGAGGGGGAGAAUCUCUCGCUGGAGGAUCUAUGCCGAGAGGACCACUACGAAGAAGCGGACCACUGCGAAGAAGCGGACCACUACGACGAAGCGAACCACGCGAGGGGUGCGAAGGGAAAGGCAGCUGGAAAAGGAGAGGGGCACACCAGAAGGGUCCUAAUCAAAGAGGUGCCAACCGUUCGGAGAGAAAAACAAAAGGAGGAACAUCCAAAAGGAUUAGAAAAAGAACUAGUGGUCAUAUCUCCCUCCCUAUUCUUUGGCAUGAUGAGAAAUUUGUUAUGCAUUGUAAUUUUUUUUUUGCUUCUGCUACUUGGGAUGAUGUGCGUGAUGGUGGCGAUGUACAUUUGCCUGACCAUGGGAUAUGAUGUGUCUGUCAUUUUGAGGGACCAGGGGGAGAUGGAGGAGAUGCCCCGGUACUUGAAGCGCCUCUCGAGGCACCUCACUGGGGGCGGCGGCUGCGUCUCUGUUGGGGGCACCGACGGGGGUUACUUUGGGAUUCAUCGCCACGCGAGCGACCCGUUUUAG